AGAAUCAGUGAGAUAAUGUGUGACUCCGGCACACGGUCAGCGCUAGGCCAACGGCGCUAUCGUCUAUUAUUCUCAUUCCAAAGCCUGAGCUUUUGCCGUCAGGCAACCUGGUUGCCUCGGCCCCGACGGCGCCGCGGGACCGGCGAGCGGGCGAGGACCCGGGGCGGAGUGCCGCAGCGCCCCUCGGCCGGCAGAGGCCGCCAGCGUGCCCUCCGUCCGGGCGGCUCCCGCUCCCGCCACCGCCUCCCUGCGCAUAGCUGCCCCGGCGGCCGCCUGACCGCCACCCACCUCCCGCCACCUCGGAGGCCUCACGGACUUGCGGGAGCCGGAGGACAUCACGGGCCCGGCAGAGCGCGGUGGGCGGCGCUGGCCCUGCGGGGCGGGCGGCGCGGCGCGGCGCGAGGGUGGCGGGCGGCGGGCGCCCCAGCUGGGGUCCUCGCGGGUCCUCGGCGGGCCCGGGGGAGGGCCCUCUUUGUGGCUGCAGUUGGCAAGAUGGCGCCGGUGGGGGUGGAGAAGAAGCUGCUGCUGGGCCCCAACGGGCCCGCGGUGGCGGCCGCCGGCGACCUGACUAGCGAGGAGGAGGAGGGCCAGAGCCUAUGGUCCUCGAUCCUGAGCGAGGUGUCCACUCGCGCCAGGUCUAAACUGCCUUCCGGCAAGAACAUCCUGGUCUUUGGUGAAGAUGGUUCUGGUAAAACAACCCUCAUGACUAAACUACAAGGAGCCGAGCAUGGCAAAAAAGGGAGAGGCCUGGAGUAUCUCUACCUCAGUGUCCAUGACGAGGACCGAGAUGAUCACACGCGCUGCAAUGUGUGGAUUCUGGAUGGAGACCUGUACCACAAAGGCCUGCUGAAGUUUGCAGUUUCUGCUGAAUCCUUGCCAGAGACCCUGGUCAUUUUUGUUGCAGACAUGUCUAGGCCUUGGACUGUGAUGGAAUCUCUACAGAAAUGGGCUAGUGUUUUACGUGAGCACAUUGAUAAAAUGAAAAUUCCACCAGAAGAAAUGAGGGAGCUGGAAAGGAAGUUUGUGAAAGAUUUUCAAGACUAUAUCGAGCCUGAAGAAGGUUGUCAAGGUUCCCCACAGAGAAGAGGGCCUCUGACCUCGGGUCCUGAUGAAGAAAAUGUUGCCCUGCCUCUUGGUGACAACGUACUGACUCAUAAUCUGGGAAUCCCAGUGUUGGUAGUGUGCACAAAGUGUGAUGCGGUGAGUGUCCUGGAGAAGGAGCAUGAUUACAGGGACGAGCACUUUGACUUCAUCCAGUCACACCUACGGAGGUUUUGCCUCCAGUAUGGAGCUGCCUUGAUUUACACAUCAGUGAAGGAAGAGAAAAACCUCGACUUGUUGUAUAAGUACAUCGUUCAUAAAACGUACGGUUUCCACUUUACCACACCUGCCUUAGUUGUGGAAAAGGAUGCAGUUUUUAUACCUGCAGGUUGGGACAAUGAAAAGAAAAUAGCUAUUUUACAUGAAAAUUUCACAACUGUGAAGCCAGAAGAUGUGUAUGAAGACUUUAUUGUGAAACCUCCUGUGAGAAAGCUGGUUCACGACAAAGAGUUGGCAGCGGAGGAUGAGCAGGUGUUCCUAAUGAAGCAGCAGUCACUCCUUGCCAAGCAGCCAGCCACGCCCACGAGAGCCUCCGAAUCUCCUGCGAGAGGACCCUCUGGCUCUCCAAGAACCCAGGGCCGGGGAGGGCCAGCCAGCGUGCCUAGCGCCUCCCCAGGCACGUCAGUAAAGAAGCCGGACCCAAACAUCAAAAAUAAUGCAGCAAGUGAAGGGGUGUUGGCCAGCUUCUUCAACAGUCUGUUGAGUAAAAAAACAGGUUCUCCUGGAAGUCCUGGUGCUGGUGGGGUGCAGAGCACAGCCAAGAAGUCAGGACAAAAGACUGUGUUGACAAAUGUUCAGGAAGAACUGGAUAGAAUGACUCGAAAGCCAGACUCCAUGGUAACAAACUCUUCAACAGAAAAUGAAGCCUGAUCCUCCUUAAAAAGUGCAUAUGUAAAAUGACCAAAUAACUAUGUAUAUUGAUCUGCUAAGACCAGGAUUUUUCUGAUAUGGCACAUGCUAUCAGUUUUUUGGGGCAGGGGAGAUGAACUUAAAAAAAAAAUACUUUCAUUGGCUUGUCCGAGUGUGAAAUGCACAUGUUGAAGGUUAUGUGUCAGACCCUUUUGUUAAGGAUCACCCUUGGACUCUCAGGCAUGUGGUGCUCUCGUGGGAAGCAAGUGCAGCUGGGCUUCUUGUGGAGGGGAAGGUAGAUCAAGAGAAAGAGGGCCCACUUUCUUUCAGGGUGGAGCAAGUGAGACCAGGAAAUCGUUGAUCAGAUGGUGGUUAGUCUGACCAGUUGCAUGUUAGCAAAUUCACUUGUUCUUGGGAAGCAGAUUAAGUAACAGAAAGUCCAGGAAAAAGAACGACUGAAAGGAGGAAUGUGAAAAGUGAUGGUGGGGAAGCUGAAUGUUGAAGGAGGUGGAAGGAGGAGGAGAUGAGCAGUGUUAGUAAAUACUGUGUGUUCAGUAGAAGUCAAAUAAUCAUUUUUAAGACUUAGAAGCAUUUCCAAACUAAACACUAAGCAAAAUGGGAAUUAGACUUGUUCUGAAUACAUCAUUAACUUAUGAAAGAUGUGCUAAGUGUGGGGGUGCCUGAGUCAGGUGGAGCUGACACAGGGGUGGGGAAGAUGGCAGCUGCCCAGGACUCCCGUGCUUGGCCCAGGCCAUGCCAUGUGGGAGGUGCUGGGCUGCACACUUGUGCAUUGUGGGGCAGUCACUGGGGUGUUUAUAAAGUCAGCAGUUACAAAAUUAGUUUACUUUGAAUUGUGUUUUUCUAAAUAGCUCCCGCUUUGUUUUUUAAAUUAAAAUUUUUUUUUUUUUUUUUUUUUUUUUACUAUCACAGGCUGGCCUACUAAUAGAGAAUGGGUGACCAACCUCUCAUUUUACUAUAAUGCAUUGUGCUUCAGAAAGUUUGAGGGAGGUUUUUAAUGUAAUUGCACUCUGAUUAAUUGGCUUGCACCAAUCCCUGCCUUACAGUCUGUGGAAACCUUCACAGAGUUCCAUUGAUGCAAAAGGGUCUUGUCCUAGCUUCCUGGUCUGAUCAGUGCUAUCAGAUGGACAAAAAGUGUGAAUGUUUUAUAUUGAAAAUGGUGAUGAUACAUUUCUCAUUUUGUGUUUUUCAUAAAACAGCAUUUUUUUCUUAUGGAAAUAGAGCUUCAGGUGUCUCCAUUUAGGGCAAAUUCAUGCACAUUGUCAUGUCACACCACCAUUCUGGAAAUGACUUUUGUGGAUUUGAAAUGGCACUUUUAAUUUUAUACAAGACACAGAACAUUUAAAUGCAAACACUACCGUUAAUUUAAUGUAUAAAACAUUUGUUGUCAAACCAAGGGAAAAAAACCACGGUUCAUUUAUGUGGAGUUUACUUUUUUUAUAUGAAUGUUUGUUGUACUGUGUCUGAGCAUAACUUCCCUAAUGUCAUUACUUUUACAUACCAGAUUUGACUGACCACUAACAUAGUACUGGGCAUAACUUAAUAUCUUAUGUUAUAUAACAAGACUCUUAGGCUGUCUUGAAUUGCUUUUUUGUAAAGGUCUAAACACUGUUAAGGAGAAAGCUGAGUAUUUACUUGCCUUUCUGACAAACAUAAAAACAUGUUUCUUGUGCCAGUUUGUUGUUGAAAAUACAUUUUUUUCCCCUUUUUUAAUUGUUAUUUUUUAAAAAAAUGUAUUGUGGCUUCCAAUUACCAGAUUGUCCAGGUAAUGACAGUAAACUGACUGUGGAAUGAUAGUUGUGGUGUAGUGACCAAUAGAUGCCAAACCGCUUGUGGCCACACUAAUGGUGGGGUCACUUAAUCCCACUAUAGCAGCUGGGGGCGGGGGGGCAAAAUGAAUGACUUCAGAAACAAGAAAGAAUUCUUGCAAAGGCGCAUGCCUAAGAGGGAUACAGUGUGAUUUUAAAUUUUAAUGCAAAAUUUUACUUUUUGUUUUUUUGUCAUUUAAACUGAUAAGCACUUUUUGUGUCAAUAUAAAAUGUACUAAAAACGAUCAAAUGCUAAGACACCUGUCUUGUGAAGGAAGGUUUCUUGGAGAUCACUUUUAGUUUUUCAUGACAAUUGGAUGCUCCUAGUAUCAGAAGAAACUGAUGCAUACUGUCAUGUGCUCAGUGAUUGCCAAAGUCUACCAACUUUGGGGAGCUGCAGGGUUCUUUUUAGGGGGUGGGAGGAGGGAAGAUAUUUUUUGUUAUUUUGGGGUUUUCAAGCAUUGGAACCAAAGGCCAAACAAUAAACAGCCUUUACUUUUUAAAGUAAAAUUCAUUUUAUUUGCAGAAUACACUUGUAUGGUAGACUGUUAAAGACAAUUUUAUAACUAUUUAUAUACACUAUAGUGAUUACAUCUACUGUUUGUCUUUAAAAUGGAAAAAUCAAAGAAAUAAGCCCAAUCUUGAAGAAGUGGCCGCGACAAAGGCCGUGAAUUGGUCUUUCCUAAAAAUGCAACGGGUAUGCUGCUAGAAUUAUUUAAUUUUGUUUGCACUUUUUUUUGAUUGGCAUUUUAAAAUCAGUAUUUAAACUGAAGACGUUGUCCUGUUUUAUUAGUUUAACAAAGUUGAAAGUGACUGCUCUGUACAUCAUGACCUUAACAAUGUUGAUGCUGUAAGUGAAAGUUCACUGUCGUCUCUAUACUAAGUUUAUCGGUGUUUUUAACUUAAAAUUAGGACUGCAGAUUAUUCCCCCACCAGCCUUAGUCCAGGGGUGUGGCUCUAUCUGGAUGCAGUAUGCAGUCAUGUGGACCUUGCUUUCUAGUGCUGGAAAAGAAGAUGUCUCUAAUUACUGGCUUCAAUAAACACGAAUCCAGACUGCUUACAA